AUGUGCACCAAGAGCUACGACCCCUCGACAACCUCCUCGGCACCCUCCGCCGACAACCUCAUGUACGCGUACCUCCCGACGUCCACGGCUUCACUCGUCGCCGUGUUGUCGCCCGCGUUCGCCGCGCUCUUCGGUCGCGCCGUUGCCAAGAAGAGGCUGAGCCUGUCCUCCCUCAACGCCGUUGUCGUGAUCACCGCCGUCGUGGCGAUCGUCGCGCUGGACUCCGGGUCGGACAGGCCGCCCGGCGUGAUGGCGCGGCAGUACGCGCUCGGUUUCGCCCUGGACGUGCUCGGGUCGGCGCUCCACGGCCUCAUCUUCGCGCUCUCGGAGCUCGUCUUCGCCAGGGUCCUCGGCCGGCGGUCCUUCCACGUGGUGCUGGAGCAGCAGGCGGCGGUGUCGCUCUGCGCGUUCGCCUUCACCUCCGUGGGGCUUGCCGCCGCCGAGGGCUUCCCGGCGAUGCAGCGCGAGGCGGCGUGGUUCGCGCGCGGCGGCGAGGCCGCGUACGCCAACGUGAUGGUGUGGACGGCCGUCACGUUCCAGCUAGGCGUGCUCGGCGGCACCGGCGCGCUGUUCCUGGCGUCGACCGUCCUCGCCGGCGUGCUGAACGCCGUCAGGUUGCCCCUGACGAGCGUCGCCGCCGUGAUCUGGUUCCAUGACCCGAUGAGCAUGUUCAAGACCUUGGCUCUGGUGAUCACAGUGUGGGGGUUCGCGUCCUACAUGGUUGGGCACUCCUCUUCUGUCAAGAAAACGUCAGCAAGUUGA